CGGGGCCGCGGCGCGGCUCCUCUUCGCCGGGCGCAGCCUCCCUCUCCUCCGCCUGCGGGAGCGGAGCCGCCCCGCCGCCGGGCACCGACCCCCCUGCUAGGCUCCCGCACCCCCUGGACCCUUCGUGCAUCCUCUGAACCCUCCGUGCAUCCCUCCCCCCUAAACCCUUUGUGCAUCCCCCGACCCCUGUUCACCCCCAAACCCCCUUUGUGCAUCCCUCUGUGCGUCCCCCACCCCUUUGUGCGUCCCCCCUGUGUACCCCACAACCCCUUGUGCAUCCCCUCCGUCCUCCUGUGCGCCCCUCAGCCGCCUCGUGCCCCCCCUCCGUGCCAUCCAGCCCCGUCACCCCCCUCGCAUGCAGCCCCAGGGCUGCGGGAGCCGGGGUUGCACACCAUGGGCACGAAGCAGACCAAGGGCUGCCAGCCGGGCAGCGCCGGGGAGAGCUCCCCGGCCCACCACCGCAAGAAGGUGCCCCCCAGGGAAAGAGGAGACUUCCUCGCUUCCCUCGUGGUGAAGUCCGGCGAGAAGUUUGGGAAGGGCGGUGGCAGCAGCUUGCCCCCUUACCACCGGCGGAUCUGCAUGAUCCAGGACAUGCUGGUGCUGGUGAAGCAGGGGAAGCAAGAGGAGGCCACCGAGCUGCUGAAGAACCUGCGGCAGGAUUUAGGAAUGGAGUCGACCUCUCUCGAUGAUGUCCUGUAUCGAUACGCCAGCUUUCGAAACCUGGUGGAUCCAAUCACUCAUGACUUGAUCAUCAGCCUUGCUAGAUACAUCCACUGCCCCAAACCGGAAGGGGACUCCCUGGGGGCCAUGGAGAAGCUCUGCCGGCAGCUCACGUACCACCUGAGCCCCCACUCGCAGUGGAGACGCCAGGGCAUCAUGAAGAGGAAGCCACAGUCCUGCUUGAAAGCCGUCCUGAUGGGGAAGCCCCAGGACAACACCGUGGACUUGUCGGGCAUCCCGCUGACGCUGAAGGACUUGGAGCGGGUGACGUCCUACCUGCAGCACAGCUCGGAGCACAUCGACACGGUGGAGCUGUGCUUCACGGAGCUCACGGAUGACAUGCUGCUGCAGCUGCUGCCGGCGCUCUGCGGGCUCCCCCACCUCACCACCCUCUCCCUCAACGGCAACCGGCUCACCAAGGCCAUCCUGCGGGACCUCACCGAGACCCUCAAGGACCCCAAGAAGUUCCCCAGCGUCACCUGGAUCGACCUCGGCAACAACGUGGACAUCUUCUCCCUGCCACAGCCCUUCCUGGUCAGCCUGAAGAGGCGGUGCCCGAAGCAAGGCAACUUGCCGACCAUCCUGGAGUUCGGGGAGGGUCAGGUGAGCGAUUUGGAGGGUCAGGAUGGCCUGGCUGAGAGCCAGGAGGACCUGCGAGCUGCACCAGGCAAGACUGACAGCACAGACUUGCAGCAGACGGACAGAACGGCCGAGGCCGGGGAGCUCCCGAACUCAGAACGAGGUGCUGGGACACCACAGACAUGAUGUCCAGCUCAGGGGCUCUUGGGUGAGUGUGUUGAGCAAGGAUUACUUAAAUCCAAGACCUCGGCGUUGGGGGUCCUGGCAGAGGGUCGGAUCACACGGUGGGAUCCUUUGGGGGCCCGGACUGCUGCCUCCCCCCUGAACCAUGAAUGUCGAUGAUUUUCUUUUCAAAGAACAGGUAAAGGUGAUCAUGUUGAAUAUUUGUAUUUUAUAAAAGCUGCCCAGGUAUUUUUGAGCAUUAGUGAUGUGCUGUGCUUUUGGUUCUCUCAAAAAUGCAUCUCCAUGAGGGUCUUAGAAGAGCAAGAAAAAGGAGCAGGAAGGUGCCCAGACUGUGCAGGGAAGGGUUCCCUUUCCUUAGUGCUGGAUCUGACCAGGCCCAGCUGCUCUCCCACACGUGAUGGAUAGACAGGAGUCCCCCCAGAGGGGGCUGCCACUGAGAUAAACCUUAACUCCUUUCCAGUCCUGACUUCAGGAGUUGAUGAGUAGCGUAUCUGCUGAGAUACAACAAAAGUCUGGUCACACACUAACCAGGGGCAUUUUUCUUAAUAUUGUGAGCCAGCCUGGAGGGAGAGCUUUGCUUUCCUGGUGUGGAGCUAAAUCCCAGCCCGCAGCGUGCCUGGACACCACCCUCACCCUCCAGCCUUACUGAAAUCAGGCUGGCACUUGUGCCUGCCCAGUAUUUAUUCAGAUGGAACAACCAGUUUCCCACCAGCUGUGCUGCUGUAAUAACUCCAGAGCUUUUCAUGUGGUACCUGGAACUUGCACCAGCAAUAGUGGGAGCAUGUGAUCCAUCUUGGGGAGUGAUGCACAAGACAUGGAGUGCUCAGCUCGGGCUCGUUACCGACCACAAUACUGAAGGUUUUUAAGGGGAAAAUUAAUCCUGGGAUUCAUCCCUCUGUCACUGCCACUGAGGGUUGGGCAGUCCCAGCCAGCUGGGAUUUAAAGCUUCAGAAAGGCUUUGGGUCACUCAGCUGUGUCCUUUGCCCCCUGGACCAGAAGCGCUCAGUUUCUAAAAAACAUCCUUCUGUUUUUCUCUCAGAGACAUGGGUUUGAUUUUAUUUUAUUUUUGAUGGAAAAUGGAUCACCCCAGAGCAGCAGCGCUGGAAUGUGCACCUUGGCUUUUGAACCAGAAUUUCAUUUGAUCCUAAACCUUGGGGGAGGGCAGGAAAGUGUGAAAAACUUCCUCUCCCCUAUGGACCAGUCGUGACUCCCUUUGCUGAGAGGGAGCCCCUUUCUUUGUUCCAAGCCCUUCCCAGCUCACAGAUCAUUCUCCUGGCUCCCAGCAGUGACUCUGGCUUUGCUUUUUCUGGGUGCAAACAGACUUUUGGUCGUGCCUUUGGCUCUGUCCAUGUAACAUCCCAGCACCUGGAAGCUUUUUCCAGAGGGGCUUCAUGCUGCCAGUGGUUGUUCCUCCUCCGUUUGCAAGUAGGUAACUUAGAAGAAACUCUGUGACUUGUUUUAAUACAUUUGGCAACAUUCAGUAUGAUUUGCAUGUAUCCAAGCCUUUUUCCUUAUUUUUUUUUUUUAAUUCUAACUCUUUCCAACAGGCAUGAAGAACCUUUGCAGUGAAUAAACUGUUCUGUUUGAAAUAAAGGAGCUAUCCAUAAUCAAAAUAAAUGACAAUGUUUA